AUGCCUGUGAGAAGUAAAGUCCUGGCUUCCCCACAGGACGCUAUUCGCACGGAGUUGGCUCUAGGGGAGGAGGACGUGACGAUCCGACGCAAUGCUCCGGCUGCGUUACUGUAUGAAGAUGCGUUGCGAGAGUCUCGCACCAGCAUCGCCUCGUCCGGAGCGCUGAUAGCAUUUUCCGGGGCGAAAACGGGCCGGUCACCCCGCGAUAAACGUAUUGUGGACGAGCCUUCGUCUCGGGAUGACAUUUGGUGGGGUCCGGUCAACCACAAAUGCUCGGAAAAGACGUGGCUUGUAAACCGAGAGCGUGCCGCGGACUACUUGCGCACCCGCGACCACCUGUAUAUCGUGGACGCAUACGCAGGUUGGGAUCCUCGCUACCGAAUAAAAAUUCGUGUUGUUUGUGCGCGCGCAUACCAUGCACUGUUCAUGUCCAACAUGUUGAUCCGCCCUACGUCUCAGGAACUGGAAAGCUUUGGCGAGCCGGACUUCACGGUGUGGAACGCCGGUCAGUUUCCUGCAAACACGCACACCGAUGGGAUGACUUCCAAGACAACUGUCGAUAUAAACUUUGCGCGGAUGGAGAUGGUGAUCUUGGGGACUGAAUACGCUGGGGAGAUGAAGAAAGGCAUUUUCACUGUCAUGUUCUAUCUCAUGCCAGUCAGACACAACGUGUUGACGUUGCAUUCAUCGGCAAACGAAGGGAUCCGCGAAAAGGAUGUAUCUUUGUUCUUUGGCCUCAGUGGCACCGGUAAAACUACGUUGUCUGCAGAUCCUGCGCGUCGAUUAAUUGGCGACGAUGAGCAUUGCUGGUCGGACCAUGGUAUUUUUAACAUCGAGGGUGGAUGUUACGCCAAGUGUAUUGGGCUCUCCGAGGAGAAAGAACCCGAGAUCUACCAGGCUAUCAAGUUCGGGUCUGUUUUGGAAAACGUGACUUUUGAUCCAUUGACAAGGGAAGUUGACUUUGACAGCUACAAGGUUACAGAAAAUACCCGAUGCGCGUACCCCAUUGAGUAUAUUCCCAGUGCUAAGGUUCCCUGCUUGGCGAACUCGCAUCCCAAAAACAUUAUUUUGUUGACAUGUGACGCUUCAGGUGUCUUACCACCAGUUUCGAAGCUCACACCGGCCCAGGUGAUGUAUCAUUUCAUAAGCGGGUACACUUCGAAGGUGGCAGGUACCGAAGUAGGAGUUACAGAGCCCGAGGCGACAUUUUCCUCCUGUUUCGGACAACCGUUUUUGGCUCUUCAUCCUUUGCAUUAUGCUACUAUGUUAGCCGAAAAAAUGCAGAAACACAGGGCCGAUGCCUGGCUAAUUAACACGGGCUGGAUCGGGGCCAGCUUUAGCAGCGGGGGCAAAAGAUGCCCUCUGAAGUACACGCGGGCAGUUUUAGACGCUAUUCAUGAUGGGUCUCUCGCGAAAGCCCACUACGAGACGUUACCCAUAUUCAACCUGCAGGUGCCACGCCACGUUAGGAAUGUUCCAGAUGGCUUACUCAAUCCUGCCAAGAACUGGGGAGGCGGUGAGGCUCAAUAUCAAAACGCAGUUCGCACAUUGGGCCAGCAGUUCGUUGCCAAUUUCCGGAAAUACUCUGAUCACGCCGCCACUGAGGUGAUAUGCGCGGGCCCUUUAAUGUAG